AUGUCUUUCUUCGGCUUCGACACGUCGGGCCACAACAAAGGCGCCCCAGGGUUCUCGCAGGCCCACGACCCGUUCGCCGGCCUUGGCCAAGAUUCAACUGGCGAAGCGCUCGAUUUCGAUGAUACUUACGAUGGGCUUGGAGAUCAACUGGAUGAGACUGACGAUGCGUUCAACGAUGACACCUUCGGCGGAGGCGACUCCAAUGACAAGAAUGUCGGCAAGGACUUUGAUUUCUUCGGCCAGACCGCCAAAGUGGCCAACGCCAUCGAUGAGGAGCACAUGAGGUAUAACCGAAGCCAGCCUACCCAGAGGCCUGCGCAGCCCAUCCCCGAGUACCAGUAUCCCACGCAUCAGCAAUCCGCCCCACGUCCAGUUCGCUCAGGGUAUGAGAAGUACAAGGAAUCGGAGCCAGUUCCCGACAUGCAGGUUGACGCUGCACUCUGGGGCGUGGCGCCCAAGAAACAAGCAUCUCAGGCGCCUGCUCCUGCUCCUGUUGCAAGUGCUAGUCGCAAGAUGAUGAGCCUGGAAGAAGUUGAGGCUGCAAUGCGAGCUCAAUCAAGCCAGCCCGCAGAGCUGGCUGCACCAGCAUCUUACCCAGGUCAUGGCCACCCUGCCCACCAAGGCUUCCUUCACCAGGGCACCGACUAUCUGUACGCUCAACAGCAACAGGCUCGCCAUGUGCCCUCCCCGACCGGCCACAUUCAACAUGGUCAAGGGCAGCCGUCAUUGGCGAUACUUCAAAGGCCGCAGUCCAGGUCGCCUGCCGACUCCCUUCCGCAUGGUCAUCCCCAAGGCCUUGCGCCCCAGCAGCAACGCCAUGCCCACCUCCAUCGUCAGCCCUCACCUCAAGGCCCCUCCACCAAGCCUAUGCAGAUACUUCAGAACCCCAAUCGCCAUCCUGGAGAUAAUAUGAGGCUUGGUUCCCAGACAAACCACCACGGGCACGUACAGCAAAAUUCUUUCUCGCAGACUGGCAUUAUCACACACCCCUCGCAGCUGUCCCAGCUCAGUGACGAAGAGAAAAAUGCAUAUCUAGAGGCUGAGGCACGCCGGGCAAAGCGAAACCACAAGAUCUUCAUGCUUUCUAAAGACAAUGGUUUGAUGACUCCUCAGGAUAAGAACUUCAUCACGAGAAUCCAGUUGCAACAACUGGUUGCCGCUACUGGCAACCCCAUGGAUCAAGGAGCAGAUGACCACAUCGCAGAGGAUUUCUACUACCAGGUUCACAGUCAAAUCCGCGGUGGACACCGUCAGCAUCCCGGGCAGCCUCUCAACAACUUCGCGCAGACCUACUUGUACCAGACAGGCAGCCGUCAAGCUGGCGCACGCCGGCAUAACCGCGGACCCGAAAACCACGUUCAGCGGAUGGAGCAGCAGGUUCAGCGUGCCGUGGAAGCGGCCAAGAGCAAGCCCAAGAACAAGCAGCUUGUCAUUGAGGGUAGUCUGGGCAAGAUCUCUUUCAGUAACGCCAAAACGCCAAAGCCUUUACUCAAUAUCAAACGUACCGACAGCGCCUCUGACACGAACCGCCCUGGCAGCUCACACAGGGCAUCUGCGCAUUCGGCAAACAUCAACCGGAAGACCGUUUUGAGUGAUAUUGAGAAGGUUUACGAAACAUUGAUGAGAAUGGAGGACCACGACCGCAAGAUGCCGCCUCCCAACGAGUCGUCCGAUCCUGAGCUGGUUCGGGCUCAAAUGGAGUGGCAGCAGGGUGCGGCUCAGCUGAACAAUCAGCUUUGGACCAAUCUCAAGGUCCACGAGCCCAUUGGAGCCACGGCAGUCCACCCCUUCAUCGCGUUCCUCUCAUACCCCAAGGGCAAGAAGGCUCUACCCCGCGUGUUCCGCCACAUUUCGUACGAGCAGCGGUGCACUAUUUUGACCAUGAUCGUUGUUCACUUGGACAAGAUUGACGUUGUUCGUGACGCCGCGACAGACGCUGGCGAGACGCUUUUGAAUGCAGCUCUGCGCGAGAACAUUGAGCUAUUUUCCGUCGCUGUCAUGAGCACUCUGUUCAACUUCAUGAAUGAGCUCAACCUCGACAUCGUAACGGGGGUUCUCGGUAUUAUCUCGGGUCUCAACGUGGAUACUAUUGCGCGUACCAGGAUUGGUGCUUCCAUGCUCACUAUGAUUCUCAGCCGAGCCGAAAUUCUUAAGCAAGGCGGAGCUCCCCAACAACUUAUCGAGCAAUGGAACAACACGUACAACAACUUCUUCAACCUUCUGGAACCUACUUUGCCACGAAUAUUCCCAGGCUCGGUGAACUCAGGUCAGGACAUCUACGUCUGGCAGCUCCUUGCCGCUCUUGGCAUUGGAGCGAACCAAGACCAGCAGCAGCGACUUGUGCUGGGCGUCAAGGACCGUGUCAUGGAUACCGUUGCGCUGUCCAAGACGCUGCCGCAGGACAUGGCCCAAGCCCGACUUCAAAACGUUAAUCUUUUCAUGCGUUCCAUCGGUCUGGACGUCGAGUUGCUGGUUUGA